AAGAAAUCAAGUGUCUGACAGGUACGGAGAUACAGGUGCGACUGCUCUCUCGGCAGGAAAUAUCCGUUGGCGUACGUCAUGGAUGCGGCCUAUCUGGCAGCACUUCUGUUUUUGGUGCAUGUACCGCUGGUAGAAGGUUGUGGCGGCACCUACACCGGAAGUAGCGGCGAUAUCUUCUCCCCUAGCUACCCUAACGACUAUGGGGUCAGUCUUACCUGCACGUACAACAUUGUGCCGUCCGCCCCAGGGUCCCUGCAACUGGUGUUCGUGGACUUUGAGACAGAAGGUCCCUAUGACUACGUGCGCGUUUACAACUCUUCUGAUGUCCAAAUAGCGAGUCUGACGGGGUCGCGGACCGGUGCGGUAAUGCAAACAUCAAGCAGCUACAAGGUGGUUUUUACCACUGACCCCUGGACCGUAAAACGUGGAUUCAAGGCCACCUGGGCAGCUUCACCAUCAUCAAGCGUUGAUCCAGGGUAUGGCUUAUACACUUCGUGCCCUUUCGACAUCGGCUUCACACUGGUCAACACGACCAUCACAAAGGUCAAGGUCCUAGAACAGCUGCUCGGUGUUCUGAGUCCUCGUUGCCGAACACUAUGUAUUCUCCUCACUGCUUGCACUCACUACACGCAUGAAGACACUGGAGUGUGUAAACUAUACAAGCAUGACGCGACAGCCAGUGUCGACUUCGAGAACAUUUGGAUGAAGAACUAACAAAAGUCAAGAAUGUUCGCGGUUUGUAGUUAUGCAGAAAGAGCUUAUACUUUUAAUCGAAGUUAGCUUUGAGAGCCGGUACGAGGACUGUUAUUUAAUUUUAGUCCUUACGAAUGAUUGGGACCUUUACAAUCGAAUCAGAUAUACGUAUCGGUCAGGAUACGCUCACCUUUUUUUAUCAAUCGACUCAGCUUUCAUCAGAGAUUUCUUAUGAUUAUGGAUAGAGUUUUGACAAAAGGAUUUCCAUGUGAAAGGAAUGAAUCUGCAAAGAAUGUGGUGUAUAAUACAGAGAUAAGUGUUUGGGGCUGACCUCAACCUCUCGGCCUGUACCUAGAUUCCAUGCUUCUAACACUUUACCUACACUAUUGAAUAGUCAUUUUUAGUGCAGGAAUGAUACUCUUCAGCGUUGUAUACCCUUUUCGCGAACAUCUGGUGUCAUCACUGAUUUUUAUAAACAUUUCGCUGCUACCUGCGUUUUACGUCUAAUGGAAUCUGUUGCGGCAGAUGGGUGUUCUAAACUGGUUGUUCUCUGGCGUUGAAGUUGGCGUUGGCGUUGGCGUUGGCGUUGGCGUUAUAUAUCUCGGCGGUCGAAUAUUUAUAGAUCGCCGUCAUAUAGCUGGAGUAUUGCUCAGUGCUGCGUUAAAACAAAUCUUUCUUUCAAACAAUAAAAAUGUUAU